GCAGACGUCGAAAUGGUAGCAGAUCCUAUCGAAGUUGAGGAGAAAAUGGAGACUGAAGAGACGGCAGACGACGCGAAGUCCGACAUAGAGGAACACGAGAUGAUCGAGGUGGACAAGAAUGGUGACUCGAGCGCACCUGCUCCAGCUCCAGAAAUACUGGAGGGAGAGACAGAUGAUGAGAAAAAGAAUAGGGCCUGCCGACAAAUUGAAUUCUACUUCUCCGAUUCCAACUUGCCAUAUGACAGGUUCAUGUGGACACUUCACACUGCUAACGCCGAGCACUGGGUACCCAUCAAAACGGUUGGAUCCUUCAAGCGCAUGCGCGAGUUCUCAUCUCUUGGGAAUGACUGGCUCGUGAGCGCGCUCAGACCGAGCCUUGAACUGGAGGUAGAAGAAUCCGGGACGAACGUACGGAGAAGGACGGAGGUGAAGGAGCCCAAGGGCCAGUUCGAGAGGAGCAUAUAUGCUAAAGGGUUUGGUAGCGAAUAUCCUGGGUUGCAGGAGGAACUCGAAAAAUAUUUCGAUGCGUUCGGACGUGUAAAUGCAGUCCGGAUGCGCCGAAAAUACGAUACAAAGGAGUUCAAGGGUUCUGUAUUCGUCGAGUAUGCAGACGUCUCGAGCGCUGAGCGUUUCCUGAGCUUGGACCCCAAGCCUAAAUGGAAAGAUACUGAGCUGUUGACCAUGUCUAAAGACGCAUACUGUGAUAUGAAGGUCAAAGAGAAGGGUCUUAAGGGCAAGGCUGCAGAGUGGAGGAGGUCGAACGAGACGAAUAUUCCCGCGAGGAACUUCAACGCGUUUCGCCAAGACAAAAGGGGAGACAAGAAGAGAGAUGGGAAAGGAGAGAAAGCGCAAAAGCCUGAAGUAUUCUUGGACUUCAUGGGUAAGAAACUGAAAGUUAUCGAUGAGGAUGGUGGUCGCGUAGAGGAGUCAGAAAUUCCUUACGUCAAGAAUAGCGCUUUCAAGCUCACUGGUAUCGAGGGUAACCUGACGUUCGAUGAAGUCAAGGCGCCAAUGAAAGAGCGGUUUGAGCACGCACCCUUCAUCAAAUACGAGAAGGGCGCAAGCGAAGGCCUUGUCGGUUUCAGCAAGGCUCUCACCGACGAAGACAUUGCGUUUAUCAAGGAAAAGAUCAAAACCAUCAACGGGAAGGAAAUCACCUGGUUACCCGCAGAAGAGGCGGAAGAGAAAUCAUUCCUAGUGGAGCGUGCACAGAAUGCCGCACGUCGCGUGAUGACCAUCGCAACUCGUCAAUCCUCCAAAGGCGGUCGUGGCGGAGCAAGGGGCGGGCGCGGAGGCGCGAGAGGUGGAGAUCGAAAAGGCAGGAGAGGCGAAAGACCCUCUGGAGACAAGCCCACAGAAGGAAAUGGCGAAACGCAAGCGGGCGAGAAACGAAAACGCGCGGUCGAACCAGACGGUGGACCUGAUGCUGGUACUCGUGGAGUCGGUGUACCAGUGAUCCAGUCGAGUAAAAAAACGAAAACGGAGGAUGCACCCCCUGUUGCUCCAGCACCCGCUGCUGCUACUGCUUCAUAGUGCAGUCGGUAUUUUUGGACUUCUCAUCUUGGAGAGGAUCUAUUGUGACCUAGGAUCUUGACAAAAACUUGAUUGCUAAUCUCCAAUGUACUAUUACGCAUUUUAUCUAUGGAGCUAUCGUUAUCCGGC